AUGCUUUCCUUCAACUCUUCAAUCAACGUGAUAUUAUCUUGUUCAUUGAUCUUUUCUAACAUUCUUCCUGGGGUUCUUGGCCAUGAUUACAUCAAAUAUUGGUCUCCUGACAAUGGAAAAACUUUUGAAAAAGGACACAAGCAGCCUUUAGCUAAAACUGCCCUUCGGGAUGUUUCCGAGAAUACGGGUUGGAUCGGAAGUCAAUUCCUUACUAAUCCUGCAAUCACCUGUGGAUCUAGUUCUACACCCAGUCAAAAAAUCGCUCCGCCAGGAGGUAAAUUGUUUAGUGAUGCUUCUCAAAGUGCCGGAAAGACUAUGGCUGUUCAACCAGGUGCAUCUGUUCAUCUGAUCGUCGCUGAUGAUCCAGGUAAAGGCACUUUUCACCCUCCAACAUCCUCACUCACACACAACCUUUUUUCCGAUGGCACAUCCGAUAGAUUUCCUCAUGACAAUGGACACAUUCAAACGUAUCUCGCAUACUGUGGUGAGAGCCCCACGGCUUGUCAGGAUUUCGAUGCAGCCUCAGUUCCGUACUUCAAGAUACAAGCAGAGAGAGAUGUUUUGUCCAACAAGAAGAAAUUUCCUAUGAACAAAGCUAGAGACGGAAACGAGUGGGCUAUUCCAAUUCCCGACAACCUUCCAAAAGGAAGUUACAUUUUACGAUCUGAAAUCAUUUGCCUCAAUCAAGGGACCGAGGCAGAGGGAAAACAAGAUCAAUACUAUAUCACUUGCGGACAGAUCUCGCUGUCAGAUCCCACCUCGGGCCCAGUCGACUUAUCCAAGUUGGAGACCGUCAAAUUCCCCGGCGCAUACAACAAUGGAAAGCUAGACCCAGCAAGCAAAACAUUACCCGGACCAGCGCUCUUCACACCGAACUCUGAGACCGAAAGUAACGUUGUUAAAGGAGCCGUAAGAGCCGUUACUCCAACAGCGCAAUCACCGACGGAAGCAGCCCCAAAGACACCACCCAAUGCAGCAGUGGCAGCAUCACUCAAUGACACUGGACCACAAUGCGCCAAGUUUUGUCUUAGACAGAACUUGCAGCUCACACCCGAAACUCUUGCCCCGGCCUGUGGGUCCAACAAAGACCCCAACUGUCUUUGUGCAGAUACUGGAUUUGUACAAGCGUUCAUCAACUGUGCGCGUGAUCAUUGUCAAGAAUCUCAGAUCAUCUUCCUUGGCUCAUCUUUCAUAACGUUAUCCUUUGAAAAUUAG